CCAAACGGAAGUGACGUUAGCGGCGCGCCAGUUCUCUCUUGUGGUCGCUGGCGCCUAUUGCCUCAGAGCCACUUUUUCCUUUGUGUCGUCUGGUUGUUCACUACUUUGAGGGAAAAGAAUUUUGCCGUUUGCGUUCGAUUGACUCCGUCUCCAAGAUCCUGCAGCCCCACGGACCUGGCGACUCCACCGUGUUCGGGUCUUCUUUCUAGGAACCCAAUCUGCCUUCAUGAAGAAAAGACAGAGGCAGAAAGGAAGAUGGCUUAUUGCCUGACAAAUUGUUAUCAGGACUCGGUGACCUUUGAGGAUACGGCUGUGGACUUCACCCAGGAGGAGUGGACUUUACUGGACCCAGUUCAGAGAAACUUAUACAGAGAUGUGAUGCUGGAGAAUUAUGAGAACAUGGCCAAAGUAGGAUUUCAGCUCCUUAAACCCAGUGUCAUCUCUUGGUUGGAAGAAGAAGAGUUGAGAACCUUGCAGCAAGGAGUUCUCCAAGACUGGGCAAUAAAACAUCAAACCAGUGUUUCAGCACUGCAGCAGGAUUUUUGGAAAAUACAAACUUCUAAUGGGAUACAAACGGACCUGGUAACCUUUGACAGUGUGGCUGUGGAGUUCACCCAGGAAGAGUGGACUUUACUGGACCCAACUCAGAGAAACCUGUACAGUGAUGUGAUGCUGGAGAACUACAAGAACCUGUCCUCAGUAGGUUACCAGCUCUUCAAACCCAGUCUGAUCUCUUGGCUGGAGGAAGAGGAAGAGUUGAGCACAUUGCCAAGAGUUUUCCAAGAAUGGAAAAUGUGCCUGAAAACCAAUGGGCCAGCCCUUUGGCAAGAUAAUUUUUGUUUAAAAACAUCAAAUGGGAUACAGUUGGCAAGAAACCAAAAUGGAGAGGAACUCUAUGACUGUAAGCAGUGUGAAGGUGUCUUCUGUAAACAUUCAUGCCUUAAGACCAACAUGAGUACUCAAAAUAGAGGCAACACGUCUGAAUGUAUUCAGUAUGCAAAAGACCUCCUUUCUCUAUACAAUAAAACCUCUACCAUAAGGAAAGUUUCUGUGUUCAGUAAGCGUGGAAAAUCUUUCCGCCUGAUUUUAAAUGUUCAGGUCCAGAGAAAGUGUACACAAGAUAAAUCCUUUGAAGGCCCUGACUAUGGGAAAGCCUUCAUUCAUCAGUCACACCUUGAAGCACACAGGAAAACUCAGAGUGGAGAAAAACUCUAUGAAUGGAAGCAAUGUGGGGAAGCAUUUACUCACUCCACAAGCCAUGCUGUAAAUGUUGAAACACACAUUAUUAAAAACCCCUAUGAACGUAAGGAAUGUGGAAAAGAUUUUAGAUACCCUACCCACCUUAAUAAUCACAUGCAAACCCACAUUGGGAUAAAACCUUAUAAAUGUAAGCACUGUGGCAAAACCUUCACUGUGCCAUCAGGCUUUCUUGAACAUGUACGAACUCACACUGGAGAGAAGCCCUAUGGAUGUAAGGAAUGUGGUAAAGCCUUUGGUACAUCUGCAGGCCUUAUUGAACAUAUAAGAUGUCACGCCAGAGAGAAAACCUUUAAAUGUGACCACUGUGGGAAAGCCUUUAUUUCUUACCCAUCUCUUUUUGGACAUUUGAGAGUUCAUAAUGGAGAGAAGCCAUAUGAGCAUAAGGAAUAUGGGAAGGCCUUUGGUACAUCCUCAGGUGUUAUUGAAGAUAGAAGAAGUAACACAGGACAGAAACACUUUGAUUGUGACCAGUGUGGGAAAGUCUUUGUUUCUUUCUCAUCCCUUUUUGCUCAUUUGAGAACUCACACUGGAGAGAAGCCCUUUAAGUGUUACAAAUGUGGGAAACCAUUUACCUCUUCUGCCUGUCUUCGUAUUCACAUGCGAACUCACACAGAAGAGAGACUCUAUCAAUGUAAGAAAUGUGGUAAAACUUUCACUAAGUGCUCAUAUCUUACCAAACAUUUACGAACACACGCUGGAGAGAAACCCUAUGAAUGUAUGAAAUGUGGGAAAGCCUUCACUGAGCGCUCAUACCUUACUAAACAUUUACGAAGACACAGUGGAGAGAAGCCAUAUGAAUGUAAGAAAUGUGGAAAAGCCUUCACGGAACGCUCAGAUCUUACUAAACAUUUACGAAGACACACUGGAGACAAGCCCUAUGAAUAUAAGGAGUGUGGGAAAGCCUUUGUUGUCUCCUCUAGUCUAGUUGAUCAUUUAAGAACUCACACUGGAUAUAAACCCUAUAAAUGUAAUGCAUGUGAAAAAGCUUACAGUAGGUCUUGUGUACUAACUCAACACUUAAAAACUCAUGCGGCAGAGAAGACCUCUGAAUGUAAUGCAUGUGGAAAUUCCUUUCGAAAUUCCUUGUGCUUUCAUGAUCGCUUAAAAACUCUCACCGAAAUAAAACCCUAUAAAUGUAAGGACUGUGGGAAAGCCUUCACUUGUCAUUCAGAUCUUACUAAUCAUGUGCGAAUUCACACUGGAGAGAAGCCCUAUAAAUGUAAGGAAUGUGGGAAGGCCUUCCGUACAUCCUCAGGACGUAUUCAACAUUUAAGAACUCAUAUGGGAGAGAAACCCUUUGAAUGUGACCAGUGUGGGAAAGCCUUUGCUUCUUUCUCAGCUCGUAUUGCACAUUUGAAAACACACUAGAGAGAAGCCCUGUGGAAGUGAAGAAUGUGGGAAAACCUUUGCUGUUUCCUCAAGCCUAACUGAACAUGUAAAAAAUCACAGGAGAAAGUAACACUAUCAAUGUAAAGAAUGUGAGAAAGCCUGAACACUUGAAUCUUUCUAGAUAUGUACAAACUCACACUGUAGAGAAACCCUGUAAAUGUAAGGGAUGUGGGAAAACACUAGUUCUUCUCUUUUUUUUUUUUUUGAUGAGUCUCGCUCUGUCGCCUAGGCUGGAAUUCAGUGGCAUGAUCUUGGCUCACUGCAACCUCUGCCUCCCAAGUUCAAGCAAUUCUCCUGCUUUAGCCUCCUGAGUAGCUGGGAUUACAGGCAUGCACCACCACACCUGGCUAAUUUUUUAUAUUUUUGGUAGAGACAGAAUUUCACCCUGUUGGCCAAGCUAGUCUCAAACCCCUGACCUCACGUGAUCAUGUGCUUCCGCCUCCCAAAAUGCUGGGAUUACAGGUGUGUGCCACUGCACCUGGCGUUCCUCUCAUCUUACUGAACAUGUAGAAACACCAUGGAGAGAAACCAAUUUUUUUUUUUUUUUUUUUUUUUGAGAUGAAGUCUCGCUCUGUAGCCCAGGCUGGAGUGCAGUGGCAUGAUCUCGGCUCACUGCAACCUCUGCCUCCUGGGUUCAAGUGAUUCUCCUGCCUCAGCCUCCUGAGUAGCUGGGAUUAUAGGCACGCACCACUGCACCUGGCUGAUUUUUUGUAUUUUUAGUAGAGACGAGGUUUCAACAUGUUGGCCAAGCUGGUCUUGAACUCCUGACCAGGUAAUCUGCCCACCUUGGCCUCCCAAAGUGGUAGAAUUACAGGUGUGAGCCACCGCGCCUGGCCAAGAAACCCAUUUUAUGUAAGGAAUGAGGAAAAUCUUUUUGGAAGUCCAUAUGCCUUAAUAGUCACAUUGUAAUUCACACUGGUGAGAAAACAUCAAUGUAAGCACUGUGACAAAGUGCUUAUUUGUCCCUGUUCACUUCAAAGAUAGGAAAGAACUUACACUCUGAAGAUGCUCCAUAAAGUUAAAGGCAUGUGGGAGAACUGUUGGGAUCUGCUGACAAUGCAGUGUGUAAGAGUUCACCCUGAAGCUGUACGAUAUUAGAAACAGAAAGCUGGCCAGGUGCAGUGGCUCAUGCCUAUAAUCUCAGCACUUUGGAAGGCUGAGGCAGGUGGAUCACAAGGUCAAGAGAUUGAGACCAUCCAGGCCAUCCAGGCCAACAUGGUGAAACCCUGUCUCUACUAAAAAUACAAAAAUUAGCUGGGCAUGGUGGCACGCCCCUGUAAUCCCAGCUACUUGAGAGGCUGAGGCAGGAGAGUCGCUUGAACCAGGGAGGCGGAGGUUACAGUUAGCCAAGAUCACGCCACUGCACUCCAGCCUGGCAACUGAGCAAGACUCCAUCUCAAAAAAAAAAAAAAAAAAAAAAAAUAGCUUUCACUGUUUCCUUGGGUUCUUGGAAUGGAGAUAAACCCUUUUUAUGUAAGAUAUGUUUGAUGUAAGAUAUGUUCAGAAGUUUUAUUCUUGCCAAAUACUUUGGUGUUUACCUGUAAUUUUACAGUGGAGAAAAACUUCAUGAAGGUAAUAAAUGUUGGAAAGUAAUUUUUUAUAUUCUUCAUCCUUUAGUGAAUAUGAGGGGCAUUCACACUUAUGAGAAACUGGGCAUGUGUGGAAUAUCAGAAUUGCUUCCCUGAAACCUGUCAAAGACAUGGCUUUCUGGGUGGUUCUAUAGAACUAUUUUGGAAGUUUCUCAUACCGCGCUGCUCAUUCCUGGCAUGGAGGAAACUGUUUAUCCUAUCAACACUCAACAGGAGAGGAUUAUACCAAGGCAUACCAGAGUGCAGGACUCAUAAGCACCAUCUCAGAAUUCUGCCUACUAUACAGGUAUAACACCUGGACAGAAUGCAUCAGCUAUUUGAAGAAUCUGAAAAGUAAAUAGCAGCAGGGAGAUGGAAAAAAAAAUCAGCUUUCAAAGUACCACCAAGCAGGCACCUCCAAGCAAUCCUCUGGUGGCAAUGAGACAUACCAUAGACUUUGAGAGCUGGAAUGUGAGAUAGACGACCUUCCAUGUAGUCUAGCCUCCAGGUAGAGACACAAAGAGUACAGCAAAAUCUUUGAAAAUAAAGCUCCCAUUGAAACCACAACUCAGAGUGUUGACUAAAACUUGCAAGCUGAACCCAACUGGGUAAUUGUUCAGAUUAAAAAAAAAAAUCAGCUGAGCGCAGUGGUUCAUGCCUUUAAUCCCUGCACUUUGGGAGGCUGAGACGGGUGGACCACGAGGUCAAGAGAUCGAGACCAUCCUGGCCAACAUGGUGAAACCCCGUCUCUAUCAAAAAUACAAAAA